CCAGCCUGGUGCUUCGGAGGCGGCCUCUCGUGCGAUCAAGGGCGCGCGCGGCUGGGAGAGCGACUCGGGGCCCUUGUUCUCCGCGCGGGAGUUCGGAAGAGAGUGGGUCACCGCCGCCCGAGGGCGAGAGCGCGAGCGGCGCGGGAGGAAGGAGCGCUCGCUCGCCUACCGCCUCGCUGCCUCCCCGGCGCUAGCUCUCCCGGCUCCUAGGUUUGCUGGCUGCUCCUCCCACCCGCGCCCUCCUCCUUGCUCGCUCGCUCGCUCGCUCGCUCCAGCCGGUUUCUAAGCCCCGCGGUGCGCCCGGGCCACUGCCGGGCUAGGGGCCCCGUGGCUAUCGCCGAGCAGGGGGCGGGGGUCCGGGCAGAGCGCAGCCGGCCGGGGUGGGGCCAUGUCUGGCGCGGGCGCAGCGGGGCCCGUCUGCAGCAAGUGACCGAGCGGCGUGGACGGCCGCCUGCCCCCCUCCGCCACCUGGGGCGGCGCGGGCCCGGGUGCCGGGUGCCCGGAGCCCGGGUCGCGCGUAGAGCCGGCGCGAUGCACGUGCGCUCGCUGCGCGCCGCGGCGCCCCACAGCUUCGUGGCGCUCUGGGCGCCCCUGUUCCUGCUGCGCUCCGCCCUGGCCGACUUCAGCCUGGACAACGAGGUGCACUCGAGCUUCAUCCACCGGCGCCUCCGCAGCCAGGAGCGGCGGGAGAUGCAGCGCGAGAUCCUCUCCAUCUUGGGCUUGCCCCAUCGCCCGCGCCCCCACCUCCAGGGCAAGCACAACUCGGCGCCCAUGUUCAUGCUGGACCUGUACAAUGCCAUGGCGGUGGAGGAGGGCGGCGGGCCCGACGGCCAGGGCUUCUCUUACCCGUACAAGGCCGUCUUCAGUACCCAGGGCCCCCCUCUGGCCAGCCUGCAAGAUAGCCACUUCCUCACCGACGCCGACAUGGUCAUGAGCUUCGUCAACCUCGUGGAGCACGACAAAGAGUUCUUCUACCCACGCUACCACCAUCGGGAGUUCCGGUUUGAUCUUUCCAAGAUCCCAGAAGGGGAGGCUGUGACGGCAGCUGAAUUCCGGAUCUACAAGGACUACAUUCGGGAGCGCUUCGACAACGAGACGUUCCGGAUCAGCGUUUACCAGGUGCUGCAGGAGCACUUGGGCAGGGAGUCAGACCUGUUCCUGCUGGACAGCCGCACGCUCUGGGCCUCAGAGGAAGGCUGGCUGGUGUUCGACAUCACCGCCACCAGCAACCACUGGGUGGUCAACCCACGGCACAAUCUGGGCCUGCAGCUCUGCGUGGAGACCUUGGACGGGCAGAGCAUCAACCCCAAGCUGGCGGGCCUGAUCGGGCGCCACGGGCCGCAGAACAAGCAGCCCUUCAUGGUGGCCUUCUUCAAGGCCACGGAGGUCCACCUUCGCAGUACCCGCUCCACGGGGGGCAAGCAGCGCAGCCAGAACCGCUCCAAGACACCCAAGAACCAGGAAGCCCUGCGGGUGGCCAACGUGGCAGAAAACAGCAGCAGUGACCAGAGGCAGGCAUGCAAGAAGCACGAGCUGUACGUCAGCUUCCGCGACCUGGGCUGGCAGGACUGGAUCAUCGCUCCUGAAGGCUAUGCUGCUUACUACUGUGAGGGCGAGUGUGCCUUUCCUCUGAACUCCUACAUGAACGCCACCAACCACGCCAUCGUGCAGACGCUGGUCCAUUUCAUCAACCCCGAAACAGUGCCCAAGCCGUGCUGUGCCCCCACUCAGCUCAACGCCAUCUCAGUCCUCUACUUCGACGACAGCUCCAAUGUCAUCCUGAAGAAAUACAGAAACAUGGUCGUCCGAGCCUGUGGCUGCCACUAGCACCUCACGGAGGUCAGACCCACUGGCACUACACUGUUCUGGAGUCCUUGGUCUCCCACCACCCAGUGCCUCCCACCACCCAGCACCGCAAUUGCCUUUCGCGAGACCUGCCCCGCUCCCAUCCCCAACCUUAAGGGCGUAGGAGGAUUAAGGAAUUGGAGAGGCAAAUGCCUUUUGAUCAGGUUUUCAUCAGCCUCCUAUGGACAAGAUCCUACACGCUGCUACAGGCAAAACCUAAAGGAAAGAAAAUAUAUAAAGAAAAAUUGCCUGGCCCUGAUCAUUGGCUGUGAAGUCUCAGCCAUGCACUGACUCGUUACCAGGGGUAAUUAGGAGCACCCUGCAGCCAGGCCACCCAGCAACAGGAGGAAGGGGGCAUGGCGAGGGGUGGGCACGUUUGUGUCUGUGCGCAAGGAAAAUUGACACGGAAGUUCCUGUAAUAAAUGUCACAAUAAAACGAAUGAAUGAAAAUGGU